UCAAGAUCGUCCGGUAGAGACGAGGAACGCGUGACUCUCGUGCUCGACUCCGAGUCGAUGUCGUGGAUUGGUUUAUAUCAGUGUUGAGGUCCCGCGCGAAGAGAAACGUCAAGAAUCCGUUGCUCGGGAUUCGAGGUUUUUUCAAACGUGCUUCGCGAGUGCAACGACGAGUGAAGUUAGGACCGUCUGCGAUUGUCCGCGGCCCGUUGAUCAACAUUCAAAUCUAAUUAUAAAACUUUGACGCACCGCGAUCUUUGACCCCCUCAGUCUCACUCUCGUGUUGACGUUUAAUCAUUGCUCGAACAAACGUAAAUUCAAACUCAACUCGGAGACGCUAUCUGUAGACGGCACACCAACUUUGUACUCUCCUGCACCAACCGUCCGUCGGCCACAAGCGUUCUUAUCUACUUAACAAACUUCAACAUCGACUUUUGACUGCCUGCGUUUCCACGCUGCCGAUUACGCCGCUCACGUUUUCAGAAUCAGUGAUCACUCGGGCCAACUCAACGUCGUACGCUUCUUGAAAAGAGAUCCCAGAGAUGGCGAUGGAAGCAUCAGCAAUGGUAGUGGACUACCUGGUCUUCGCCGUCUGUAUUAUUGCCUCCUUCCUCAUACCCUUGUGGGGAAGAUUCCGUGCAAAAAAGAAGGAAACGAAGGCUGACUACGUGUUUGCGACUGGAACUGUCUCCAUGGCAGCCAUGAUGUUGUCCAUAGCAAGAGGAACACUCGGAGUCCGCUCCUUUCUCGGAUAUCCUUCCGAGCUCUACUACCGAGGCAGCGCGAUGUGGGAGACUCUUUACGGAAUGGUGCUGGCAUAUCCCAUUGUCUGUUUCAUUUUUGUACCAGUUUACUACAAUCUUGGAAUCACUUCGGUGUACCAGUACUUGGAUAUGAGGUUCAAUUCUAAAACUGUGCGCUGUCUCGCCAGCUUCUCCUACGUCAUUCGUAGUCUACUGAACUUGGCAGUGACUGUGUUCACUCCGUGUGUAGCCCUGAAGACGGUCAUCGGACUUCCUUAUUGGGCCAGCAUAAUUGCCAUCACGAUGAUCGCUGUUGUGUUCACUGUCAUGGGUGGGCUAAAGGCUGCCAUUUUGAGUGACGUCAUUCAGGGGCUAACGAUGAUUGGCAUCUGCCUUGCUAUGAUAAUGCAAGGUGUCUUCGAAGUGGGUGGAGUUGGCGCUGUACUGAAUAUUACCGCCGAAAGAGGACGUCUUGAUUUCUUCGACUUCAAUCUAGACCCUACUGUACGUGUGGCUACGGUUUCAGCUGUGGUAGGACAGCUAUUCAUGAGUCUAUCGAUUUUCGGAUGCCAGCAGAACUUCGUCCAGAGAUAUUGCAGCAUGAGUAGCAAGAGAAAAGUGACCAAAACAAUGAUGGCGAACAUUCCGGUGAUAACGGUACUCUUUUCCUUGUCCUGGGUAGUUGGAAUGGUUAUCUUUGCGAGCUACGCGGACUGCGACCCGCUGACACGCGGCUACAUAUCAAAAUUCGACGAAAUCUUGCCUUUUUAUGUCGAAGACAAGUUCGUAUACCUUCCGGGUCUCCUAGGACUCGUCAUGGCGACAUUGUUCAAUAGUGCCCUUAGCCUGGCGGUAUCGAACCUCAAUUCUCUGGCAACAGUCACCUGGGAAGAUUUCUUCAGCCAGAUACCCGCACUGAGCAACCUCAAAGACACCCAGCAGUUGAACAUCAUUAAAUUCUUGAGCAUACUCUACGGCUUCGUGAUCAUGGGCGUCAGUUUCCUUGUGGGAAUGCUUUCAGGCGUGAUCGAAUCGUCGAUGCUGAUGACAUCGGCGACCUCCGGGCCAUUGCUAGGAGUUUUCAUCCUCGCUAUGUUGGUCCCUUGUGCUAACUGGAAGGGUGCCGCAGCCGGAAUGAUCUCCAGCCACAUGAUCACGCUCUGGAUAACUUUCGGUAGUCUGACAGUCAGCAAGACGGUCGAGACGCUUCCGCUUUCUGACGCGGGAUGCCACAACAACAGCUUCUCCGAUCACAUCAUGAGGCCUGGUGCCAUUUUGGAUCUUAUUCCACAAGAAAUCAGCACUACGUCCGCCACGACUACCGUCGCAACGAUCAGUGAAUUCGCAUCAGAACCGUUGGAUGGGUUAACUUACUUGUACAGCAUAACCUACAUGUACUACGCCUUCAUCGGUAGCUUCAUUACGGUGUUUGUUGGAACAGUCGUGAGCCUUCUUACCGCCGACGACGAAGCCGACAGGUACGAGGAGCACUUGCUUCAUCCCCUGGCGGUGAAAUUCUCGAGAAUGCUUCCUGGCCGAAAGAGGCUUUAUGCCAGCACCUCGAGGCUUGGAGGCUGCAGUCAGGCGACGUCCAACGAAGCGGUGCAGGAACCAAGGGGAAAACUGGGACCCAACGAGUCGCUCGAUGCCAACGGAAGGCCCGAACUGGACGGUAGUUACGUUAAAAAAUUGAAUGCCCUCAAGAGUUUAUCCUUAGACGUGACAAACGAAGUAUCAAAGAGCACAAAGCUGUAGAGUUGAGAGUCUGACAGUACAGGGGUGCUUUACGCUUCUUCGACCCGCUUUGAAUGGACGUGAGACAAACAGGUCUUUGUAUCAAAAAAUAAACCGGCAAUUACUGAAAACUCAUAUCCUGCAUACCUGCGUUGGAGAAUCGUUAUCAAAAAGUUACGCGAUUUCAACUGCCUACGGAGAGGUGACUUGACAAUAGAGUAAAGAAUAACGAUUAUGAUUUCCCUAAAAGUGAAUUUCGAACGUGAGGCAAGCGAAGAAUCAAAUGAGUGAAUGGACACGAAUGAUUUUCGUUCGUAAACUGACUUUAACGACUUAAGUAACCACUGUGUACGAGCGCACUGUGUAUUGUUUCGUAACAAAUUAGUAUUACAUGUCGAUAGGUUUCGCAAAAUAUUGUGACGGACAAUUGUGUGAAAGUGCUCAAGGCCUUAAACGAUGUGUAAAAACAAUGAACAAUGCAAAAGGCAUGUCGAUCGAUCAAAAGACGAGAAAGUGUGAAAAGUUAUGUACGGUUGCGACUGACCAUAGUGAGCGAUCAACGCAUGAUUGACUAUCUGGCCUGCGAACACUUGUAAAUAAUUUGGAAAACUAGACUAGAAUUAUGUUAGUAGUAUUAAUGAUGUGCGGCUAGUAUGUUCAAUUUCACACAUUCGCAAGAGUGCAAUAUGGUCAGUGCUUUUUUUAUAGUUAGGCACACAAAGACCAACAAUUUCAAUCCAGCAAUGAAAAAAAAUGAGUUUACCUCUAAGCCCAGAUCAAUAUAGUGGCGAUGAAAAUCAUGCUGUUGUUCCACUGGCUACAUUGUCGGUAUGAUGGUUUAAGUUGCUGUGUUUGACUUUUAAACGCCAUCAAUCAUGUACAAAUGGGUAAUAUUCUGUAAAUAAAUUUCUAUCUUUCAUUUAAUAAAAACUAAACGGUUAA